AUGGGAUCGACUACUGCUACCACAACAUUUGCCACACUGCCAACACCACAACACUUUAACGAUGCCGAUUUCGAAUCACCUGCCAAGAUCCUUCAGAAAAAGAAGCGCGCCACCAGCAUCAUGACACUAUCAAUUCCAGGCACGCCACCAGUGAUGGAUGAUGAUGCUACGAGUGAUGAUGAAACCCUUUCCAAUGUGCGUACUCCUACGACCAUUGUUAGCGAUGAACGAGAAGAGCAGCAAGUAGUUGAUUCUACAGCCGAUUUGAGCACAACGUCAGGUCGUCUCUCAUCCCAAUUCAAAUUCAAGAAGCCUGUAUACAAUAACAAGUACAAGCAAACCCAUUUCCAUCGACCAGCAAAACGUAGUGGAUUAUUGCAUGGGCUUAAACGAUUCUUCAAAAAGGACAACACCUCAUCUGUAAGCAGCAAUGGAAGUAUUCGAAGCAGCACAAGUAGCAGUGGCCGCUCAUUGAGCUUUGCCAAUGGUUUCAACAAGGACAUUGAAGCCCGAUAUGGCAAGUGGGGACGAUUUGUCGGCAAGGGAGCAGGAGGAUCCGUGAGAGUCAUCCGCCGCAGCACCGAUGGUAAAACAUUUGCCGUCAAGCAAUUCCGUAAACGCCAACCCCAUGAAAAGGAAAAGGACUAUGUCAAAAAGGUCACUGCCGAGUUUUGUGUUGGGUCCACUUUACAUCACCCGAACAUUAUCGAAACCAUCGAUAUGGUACAAGAAGGUUCAGCAUUCUAUGAAAUCAUGGAAUAUGCACCCAACGACUUGUUCAACGUUGUCAUGAGUGGUCAAAUGUCACGUGAAGAAAUUGCGUGCUGCUGGCGUCAAAUGCUGCAUGGUGUUCAAUACCUUCACUCGAUGGGCCUUGCACAUCGUGACCUCAAGUUGGAUAACAUGAUGCUUGAUGAUCGUGGCAUUGUCAAGCUUAUCGACUUUGGUUGUUCAGUGGUCUACAAGUACCCAUUCGAUAAGAAAACAAGAACCUGUAAGGGUGUGUGUGGCUCUGAUCCUUACAUUGCCCCUGAGCAAUACGAAGGUGAAUACAUGCCAGCAGCAGCAGAUGUUUGGUCGUGUGCCAUCAUUUUCAUUUGUAUGACGAGUCGUCGCUUUCCUUGGAAGGUCCCACUCAAAGAGGACAAGACAUUUAAUCAUUUCAGCAACCAUGGUCCUCAGCGCCUCAUGAAGCUACUUCCACGAGAAUCUCAUAACAUCAUCACACGCAUGCUCGAAACUGAUCCUGCCAAGCGAUGCACCAUUGAGGAAGUGCUUGCCGACCCUUGGGUCAGCAGUAUCGCCAUGUGUCAGCACAAUGAGCACGCCAGCGGACAUAUGCAUCAUCUUUUCAACGCAGCCCCUUCAGCUGAUAAUGUCAUUGUUCUCGAUGCUCAAAAGCAAGAUCAGGAUGAAUCGACAACAUCAUCAGGCAGUGCUGACAAGGCCAACAAGAAACAUUCAUAA